AUGUUUACGCUGCGUUUGAAUACCUUUGGCCUAAAUUCUUAUCCAUGCCCACUCUCACAUUUCAGGGACACUGCGGGCCAGGAGCGUUAUCGAUCUUUGACCACAUCUAGCUUCCGCGACGCAAGGGCCUUCAUAAUUGUGUACGAUCUUACCCAUUUGGAAACCUUUACUAGAAUCCGUGAAACCUGGCUUCCCCUGACGGACACGCGGCCUUUCCCUACGAAACAGAAUUCCAAGGAGCCGGUCCCCGUCUUCCUUGUGGGCAACAAGUCUGACUUGGCGCGUCUACGGGAAGUGCCCAUGGUGGAUGUUCAAAAGCUAUCUAGGCAGCAGUAUGCUCAUGGGGUCUUUGAAACGAGUGCCAGGACAGGUAACAAUGUGAACGCUCUCUUCCAGGCUGUGGCUGAGUCAAUGCUCUCCACUUGGGGCGUACCAAAGGCAAGUUCUCCCGUUGUUCCCUUUAAUGACUUCAUUCGUGCUGCUGCGGGGCUUUCGCGCUUGUCCUCCCUUCUCAAUUCCCGUCUGUUCCAAAACUACCUAAUGACUAUUUGUGCGCUAGAGCUCAAUGACCAAGUGAAUCCUAGACAAAUUAAGGAUCUUCCAAAGUUGGGUUUGGGUUUCGAUUGA